ACAAAUCGAUUCGUAUUUACAAACAGCUAAACUUAGCUCAGACUGGUCUUUCUCUUUAAAUGUGUAUAUUUUAGAUGGUAGACUUAUAAUGCCUUUUGAAAACGGUGCUAUCAAAAUUAUAAUUGGUGAUUAAAGGGGAAUUUACAUUUCUCUUCAUGUACCCCUUUCUUUUGUUCAAUCAGAACUAUGCAAUUUUUUAACGCUAUGGCAUUUGGAGGCCAUGAAGAAGACAUUUUGGUAAAAAACGUUUAUGACAAAGAGAAUGAUGCUGUCGGUGAUCAGCUUACUGCACUCGGUGAAGAAUUUCAAUCAUGUGAACAAAAUAUCCUUACUUGUGAUGACAUCAGAAAUAACAGUGAUUCUUUAUCAUCAAGCGCUUCCAUAUCUGAUUCAGAUUUGACGUCAACUGACAGUGAAGAUUCUCUCGCCUUAUCCGAGUCUGAAUCUAUUACUGAUGUAACACCGUUAAAUUCUCCGUAUUGCGAUAGUCCACUUCCUCAAAGUAGACAUGCAGAACACAAAAUUGAUGACAAGAGUUCCGAGAAUUCGUCUCGUGUUGAACUUACUGGAGCAAAAAGUAAUUGCUGUCCUCCAGAAAUGAAUAUAUUGAUCAAAGCCAUAGAGAAAUUGGAAAUGGAAACCGAAAAAGGAUCUGAACAAGCUGGAGUGCAUAGCAGUAAUAUCAGAAAAAAAGCUGCUGGAGAAGAGCUGAAAAGAAAUGAGCUAGAAAAUCAACGCCUUUUUAAGCGAGUCUUAUCUCAAAGCCGCAUUCGAUCAAUGUAUGGUCAAACAGGGCAUAAGAAUUUUACCACUGGGAAACUGCAAGAUCUGGUGAAAAGUGAUAGUGAUAUUUCUAUUCCAAAGAAAACGCAUGUAUCUAAGUCACCAAAAGAAGGAGCUAAAUAUGCGCGCCGGCAACAGAAGUGUCUGUCUCACCCAUCGUACACCUAUUCCUGUGAGCAGCAUGUGAAUAAAACACUUCUAAGAGAUGGUAUAUCUAUUAAAAGUGCUGUGAAAAUUACUCAUGAAACACCUGUUGAAACAGAAGUUUCAUCCUUUGUUUCAAAUGCUGAUAUUAAUGCAGAUGAGGCAAUAUUGUGCCAUGAGGACAUAAACCUCAACUAGCUGUUAAAAGGAUUGCUGUAAUCUUAGUGAAUAAUUAUUUUGAAUCUGUGAUAGCAUAAAGCUACUUCACUAAAACAUUUUCACUUAUAUCUUUUACAUUAGCGUUUGCUCAAUAUUCUGGUAGGAAAAAGUAAUUUAGCAUUUGAAAUAAUAUUUUCUUUGCAUAUUUUGUGUGAUGGGUUAGUAAAAAAAUAAUGUAGUUUGUUGAUUAGAAAACUUCAGUUACUGUUCCAAUACUGAUUUUUAUUUAAAUUUUAUGGUAGCCAAAAUCAGUGUUGAAUCUUAACAGCAAGAAAUAAAUGUAGGUAGUUGUUAAGUUUCUUAUUUUUAUAUUUAUGGAUAAAAAUCAUUGCACAAUUUAAUAUGCGUGUUUUGUUCAUAUAGUGUAUGCUGUUGUUGAAAUUGGACUAUGCAUAACAGUUAGUUAUGAUAUGGCACUCCUUAUCACAUAGCUUCCUUUUUCAGUGCACUGUUUCUUAUAAUAUUUUAAGAAUAAGUAUUUUUUUAUUUAGAUAAGCCUUCGGUAGAUGUGGAAUUUAUGUAUCCAGUGCUCAGAUUAAGCCGGAAUUGAGGUACUUAUAAUAAAUGACUAAUUAUUAUUCAAACUUAAGUUUCUCAUUGCACAAUAGAAGGAAGACAAAAUUUCAUGGAACAACAUAUCUUUAGCAUGUUUUCUAAUGUAUCUUUAGCACAUAUAGCAUUCAACAUAUCUUUAACAUGUUUAAGAGGGAACAAAUGCCAGUCUUAUGAUACAUUGUGAAUAAUGUAUAGCAGACACUAGUUAAACAUUAAGCUAUGCCAAAAUGAGGCAAUACUUGAAAUAACUAUAAUAUGGUUUUAAAUGAAGAAAAUAUUGCUGCCAAUGGUAAAGAAAAGUGGCAAAGAGGUUAUUCUGUGGCCAUGUGUUUAAUAACCUUUGCAGCAAAUGACUAAUAAGAGUAUUUUAAGGUUCAGAAAGAUGCAAGCAUUAUUAUUCUUGCAUCUUUACCUGAAUUAAUCUCAGUAAGAAUGCAUUUGUUCAUAUUCUUUCUUAAAAAUUACGUCUGUGCUAUGUCUUUGGCAUUUGUUAUAACAGACUUCUUUAUCAUCGUGUGUUAGGUUCUCUGGGUCAUUUGUGUAUUGUAUUUAACAAAAGUGAAAAAAAGAAAAUGCUGCGAUUUGUAAGAUCAUAACAGAUUUCAAACUGCAGUUGAAAAUAUGUUAAAGUUUUUGGAUUGGAAAGGUAAAAGAUGAGCAAAGUACAUAAAAAAUUUGUAAGUAUUGAUGUUCCUUACAUAUUGUGUGCUUUUUGUAAUGUAACAUAACAUGAUAGCACUGCAAAUAAAUGUUAUUUGUGCAGAAAUUCAGGUAACAUUUUGUUUUAAAGCUAAAUUUCAUAAAUUAUAAUUGUUGAGAAUGAGAAUUCAAUAACUAAAUCAUGGGUUCACAUCUACAUGAGGCAGGGUGUUUUAUAUUGUCCUGAAAGGCAAAAGUCAUUUCAAUUUCCAGAAAGACAGUUUAUUGAAGCACAAAUGCAUGGACACAACAACCAAAAUGUUCGUUUCAAAACUUGACCCAAAAGGCCACAAGCCACAUUGAUUGAUCUGAUUUUUAUACUUUAGAAACUGACAUUGUUACCCCAGCUUCGGUUAAUUUCAGUUCACAACAUCCUCCCUCCAUUGAAGCUUGGGGAGAGUCUCAAACUUAUAACAAGUACAAUUGAAUAAAUCCAAUCUUUUAAGUGCUUUCACACACCUACCAGCAGAAAUAUAUAUUUCUAUUAUUACAUCGUUAGAAGACAGACUAGUCUUAACUUCAGAAGGUCCCUGAAAGCUGGAACCACAUCUCUCCCUUUUUCUUAUUUUCAGUUAACACUGUUCCAACCGCUUAUAGCUCUAAAGGGAAGACCCGCUGCACUGGUCGCAAGACACUUCCAUGUUGAGUGUGCCUUUGGUGUGAACUUUCCCAUCCUGACCAGGAAUCAGUUCAAUAAUCUUUACUAUAGGCGAAAAUAAACGCUUUUUAUUAUCAUCACCAAUUAAAACUAUUUCACCAAUUUUUGGUUCAUGAGGGUUUUUCAUGGCGUUUCUGAAUGAGCUCACUGAUAUAUUCUUUUCUAAAAUGUUUCCUUAAAUUACUAAAAAAAAAAAUUUCCGAUGUUAUAAUUUUUGGGAAUCCAAUUCAUCAAUAUCCCUAACAUUGAAACUGUGGUUUUCGAUAAGAAACAUAGCGGGUGUAGGAGGAAUCAAUUCCUGUGCAUCCUCUGAUACAUAUAUUAAUAGUCUACAAUUAAUGGUCGAUUCAGUCACCAAUUACAGUGUUCAAGCCUUCUUGAUUCAAUACCGAUUUACCUAAAGCUUGCUUUAACAUUUCUUUUACAAUGCAAGCCAACCUUUCCCACCAGGCUGCUACGGGUGGUAUAAAUUUCCAAAAUAUGUAUGAAACUUUCUCUUGAAAUCUUAUCCCAAUUUAAUUUAGAAAGAUGAUUAUAUGCGCUUCUGAAAGUCCUUCCAUUGUCACAAUAAACUAUGCUUGGCCUUCCUCGCCUAACGAUAAACUGCCUAAGCACCAAGUACCAACAGAAAAGGAUCUGAAUAUAAAGAGUAUACUAAUUCCAAAUGAAUGGCUCAAAACGCAGCAUAAGUAAAUAAUGCUAUUCACACUUUUCCCUCAGUUUUCAAAAACAAAGACCUGGUCAAAUCAAUCCCUACAACUUUAAAAGCUAUGUAAUCUGAAACUCUGUCUGGGGGCAAAGGUUUAGGUUUGCUUGACAUAGCUUUAACAUUAAAACAUUUACAUCUCGGACAAUUAUAUGAAAUAUUCUUAAUUGUUUUCCUAGCUUUAGUUAUCCAAUAUCUUUAUUGUCAUAGAGUUUACAUUAUUUGUAUGCCAGCAUGACAAUUUUGAUCAAUAAUUGAAUAAAUGGACAUUUGUCCAGCAAUAAUGUUGGAUAUAAAAAGGAUUCUUCAUCAUCUUGAUGAAUUAUCAUAGUUCUUAUUCUUAAAAUAUUGCCCUUAUCUUUAAACAUAAUAAAUUUCAAAGAUUUUACAUCAGGUAAAUAGUGGCUCUGAACUAAACAAAUCAAACACUUUUCAGAAUUUUCAAUUUUAGGAUAGGAAAGUUCAGGGUUAUUACACUUAAUGCAACUUUGCUGACAGUUAUUCACAAAUCUUAAAGCUGAAGCUAACACUUGAAUCAGUUUAUCAGAAUUUGAUAUAUUGUUUAGAUGCCAAAGGGGUGGAUCUUUUGCCAAAUCAGUAGUCACCAUUUUAAUAAUUUUUCUUUAUAUAUCUAGUUCUUUAGGCUGACUAUCAAUUUCGCCAACUGACCAACACUCAGGAUUUUCCUUUAGCCACGAAGGCUCUUCUCACCACUGAGGAGCAAUCAUGCUUUGAGCAGAAUUGCCACGUGACAGUAAGUCACCAAUAUUCAUACAAUCCAGUACAUGUUUCCGUACCUGAGGGUUUGCCAAAUGAUGAAUUUAACAUAUUUUAAGCUUUUUUAAACAAGAAUAAAGCAGCAAUGGAGGCAUCAUGCUGAAUUUCAAAUGUUAUUGCACAGAAUAAGAUACCAUAAGAAGGCAGUGAAAUAAUAAAAACUAGAGAAUAUUAAAUAGAAAUAAACUAAAAAAUAAUAAAAACAUUUUUAGAAGUUGCAGAUGCAUUACGUAAUAGUUUCAAAAAUAAAAAAAUCUAUUAAAUCUGUAUAGCUUUCUGCAAAUACUGUAAUAAGAAGGGUUGAGGUUAUGAGUUCUGAUGUUACCUCACAACUUAAAACUGACUUUGAUCGCUGCAGCUAUUUCUCCCUGCAAUUUGACGAAUCAACUGAUAUAGUUGAUACAGCUUAGUUGACCGUUUUUGCUAGAAUGCAUUUUGAUGAUUUCUGAAUAAGAAGGAAGCUAGAUUAUACUAUUAAGAGGACAGGACAUAUUUUUAGUAAUUAAAGACCUUAUCAACUCUGAAAAUAUUCCUAUAAAUAAGUUGGUGGGCUUAGCAACUGAUGGAGCUCCUAUGGUGGUAGGCAGAGAGAAGCCUUGUGAAGUAAACUUUGUGUUGUAAAGACAACUGCUUUCCAAAAUUUCUGUAAUACACCAGGAGUCACUGUGUGGGAAGUUUUUAAGUAUGAACAAAGUAAGGGUCUUCAACGCCUCUAUUCAACAGAAAACAAUACUUCCAAAUUAUUUCAGAUUUCGGAAGUGAAUUCAACAAAUGCUUCCAGAAAAAAAGAUAUCAAAAGGAUUUCAAUUGUUGCACAGUUUGUAAAAUUGACUAUUAUAGAGAUUGAUGCUCAAGUUUUCUCUACUUGUGUCAUAGAGCAUUUUGAUUUUCAAGAAGACACUGCUACAGUGGAGUUGGAACUGAUUGAUUUUCAAAAAGGUAAAAUCGCUUUUAUCAAGCUAUGAAAAUAUUUGGCCUCUUGUUCCUUAAGAAAAAUAUCCAAUUUUGGUCUAGGUUUGCUUCAAAGUGAAGGCAAUGAUCAGUGCUAUGUGUCUGUGUGAGAUUUGUUUUCCAGUAUGAAAUUUAUUAAAAAUAAGUACAGACUCAGUGAUGAAGACUUGAACAACUGUAUUCGAAUGGCAGCCACUACCUACUCUCCCAGCAGUAAAAAACUUGAUGAUAGCAAGAAAAAGCCAAGAAAAGAGUUUCAUUCUUCUCAUUAAUGUUAAUAAGUCUGAUUUAAAAGUCUUAUAUUUGCUAUUUGUUACUAAUUGCACUUCAGUUUCUUUUUUAUGUACAAUUCAAUUUCAGCUUCGUUUUGUUAUACACAGUUUAAUUAAAAUAGAUUUCAUAUUUAUUAGAAAUGUAAGUUUAUAGGCAAUAAACAAAUAUACAUUUUUUAAAAAAAAGUUGUUAGUUCUUUUGGCUAGCGCACAGGAUUUAAAAAUGGUAUGGUAGCUCAGAAACUUCAUAAGUUUGGCGACCACUGAUUAAUGGCCACUGAUUCAUCUGAAUUGAAUGUUAUACCAUGAAAGAAAUUUUGAAGAGAGCAAAACAAGUGAAAGUCUGAGCGCACAACAUCAAGUGAGUAUGAUACGCGAGGCAAUACUUUUCAUCCAAACUCCAAUUAAUUUUUGUCAGGUGAUCAAACUUGUGUGUGGUCUCAUAUCAUAGGGAUAGAAUGUAGUUCUUAUAUGAUUAAUGAGCUGUGGAAGAUUUUGGAAUGGGGAUUUGUUGAAACUGUCCAGUUAGCAACAGCACAUGUUUGAACUGAAUUGUUGGCUCAUCGGUAGGAGCUUGGAAAAAAGCACACAUAAGUUUAAUCAUUGACAAAAAUUAAUUGGAGUAUGGGUGGAAAAUGUAGCUACACAAAUCAUACUCACCUGAACAUGUGCCCUCAGGCUUUCACUUGUUUUGCUGUUUUCAGAAUUUCUUUUGUGAUAUAACAUUUGAUUCAGAUGAAGCCAUAAAUCCUUGUUCAGUUUGCUGAUAAAGUUAGGUUCUUUUGUGGAUGAGGAAUUAUGAAACCCGUUAAAAGAUAGGAAAAAGUUAUCAAACAAAAUGGGGUGCAUGCUAUUGACUGAUCAUUGUUCUUUAUAUAAAUAAAGGACUUCUGAAGAGCAUUGAAAAAAUGCAUCAUGACUUUUCAGACAAUCCAAUAUUCAUUCAAAGGUGUUCUCAAAGCUAGUAUUAGUAGAAUACUGGACAGCAGGUCUUGCCGUCAGCCUAAGCUUCCUUUUGUGGCUCUCUUGGAGCUGCUCAACUGCAAAUUCUCAUAAUGCUGAUUGGAUCUCAUCUCUGUAGUGAGUCAGCACAAUGAUCUACAGUCUUGAUUGGCUGCAGUUCUUUCCAAUGGAAUAUAUGGUAUGAGUUCAUUCAUGUUACACGAAGCAUAACACAACCUCUAAGACCCUCCUCCCUCCCAAAAGGAAUAAAUCUGAUUUUUGAACAAAAAAUCAGCAUUUCAAUCUGCUUUGUAUACUACUUUUGCUUCGUGCAUGCUUGCAUAUCGCAAUGUGUUUUGCCUUUUUUACAAAUUUCAUGUUUGUUUUGAGUUUACUUCAUGGUGUAACAAUUUCAGUGAACAUAAGUGUCUUUUCUGUGUCAUAUAUUUCUUGGUAUGGAAUAAUUGUUUGUAUGCUGCAUAAAGAGUUCUAUUAUUUAAAUACAUUUUUCUUAUAUCAUUGAGUAGUUUUUCAAUUAAAGUCAGAGAAUGUUUAAGAUAUAAUAUUAGCAUUUUAAUGUUUCAUAUGUGCUCUGCUUUGCACGUUCUUAUUAAAUGUUUUAAAACAUUUUGAAUUCUAUUUUUAACAAUAUUUUUUAAAUACCAUGUGUGUUGUUUGUAGGAUUUCCCUCUGGCUUACUCAGAAAAUAUUCAAUUUUAAUUACAUUAAUUAGAAAAAUCAAAUAUUUUAAAAGUAUUUUUGGAGUUUGCCUGAGUACCAAAGUUUAGAUGACAUAAAUUCAGAUAGUUGGAAGUAUAAACUAUUUCUACAUAGUUCUGUUUGUAAUCUGCAGAGUCAUUUUAUUUUAUGCAUUUAUGAAGAACAUGUUUUGUACAAAGUGCUAUUAUAUGUUUGGAACUAGUGUGCUUCUGUGAAACUUCCAUUGCGGUUUAUGGGACCCAGUUUGUAAUUAUAAAAGGCUUUAUAAGAACUCGCAUGUUUAAUAUCUAAAUUUCUUUCUAAAUAAAUGUUUGCCAGUAUUAACCCUUUUAAAUCUUUCAUGUUUUGCUAAGUACUGUGUACUUUCUGUUUUUUUUUUUUUUUUUUUUUUUCCAUAUAUUUUUUAUUUUACUGAAUGCUGCAAACUAUAACUAGUAUUAUUUAAUGAAUCUACAAGAAAAAUGUAGAACUUUAAUAUGUAAAAUUCACAGGAAGAAUAUGAGUAUAAUUUUCUACAGUUGACGUGUAUUCAGCUUCGAGAUAAAUUGAAAUUUCUAGUAAUAUUCCAGUACUUGAUGAUUCUUAUAUCGGUAACUUUUUUUAAUUGGUUAAAUGCACUUCUUUGUAGCAUUCUAAACACAUAAGUGAUGUUAAAAGCUGUGUAUGGUUAUUUAAUCAAUAGAAAUGGGAAGUUAGAUAUAAUAGAACACCAGUUAUAUGAACUGUGAUGUUAUGAAUCACUGUUUAUCAUUCCAGGUCAAUUAGAAUAAUGUUUCUAUAAUUUACUUUUGUUUUCUUCAUUGAUUUAAAUAAUGUAAAACAAUAAUGCAAUGUAGCACAUAUUUAGUUAGUUUAAAUUCACUAAAAUUACAAAUGAUAUUGUUUACUUGUAAAUAAAAUAAAUAAAAUCAUUUAUUUUACAUGAAAUAGAAAUGGGGUAUAUGUUGAGGCCAGUAAAAAUUUCGUUGUUAGGGCAAACAAAAUGUGUUUUGUAUAUUAUUGGAAAUAAAAAUACUUUAUACUUUUACUCUGAGUGGUUAAUGAAAAAAAAAUAGUAUUCCCUUGCUCACACUUUAGUAAAUACGGAUAUGAUCUGCCUAAAAAAAGGUAAUGCAGUUAUUCAAACUUUUUGAAAAGCAAAUGGACUGUGAACUCAGGUAACACAGAUAUUUUUAAAUCACAUGUAAUUUUGUUCUGUAAUUUUUUAAUCACAUUUAUUUUAGCUUGUUAGAUUCAACACUGGUUGUAAUAGUUCAAAAUUCUAAUCAGAUGUGAAUCAUUUGUUUAUGAUAAUAUAACAGAUACAGCUGCAUAAUUCAGCAUACUUACUGCUAUAAUAAUGUGCAAUAAGAAAAUUUUGAUGUUUUCCUAUAAGUCUUUUUUCAAACAUCCACCUUUGGUAGUGAAACUGGAGCUAGUUUUAUAUUAUGAUGUUUAACAACAAACUGUAAUGCCUGUGCCAUUUUUGUUUUUGUACCUAUUUUUUAAAGUUUACUUAAAACAGUGCUACAUAUUUAUAAUAAUGUAAUAUUAGUAAUUUUAAGAAACCUGUUCUAUUUACCUUUCCUCAAGAUCUUCGAAUGAUUUUUGGAAGAACUGCACAGUUUGCUGUUGAAAAUCUGAACAAAGAUGUGUGCAUCUAUGUUUGGAUUAUAUUUAAAAUUCCUCUGGAAAUAAUUACAGCUUCUCAUAUACUUGGAAACAUAUUUAAAUGAGAAAUAUAUCCAUUUUUCAAAUCUCUCUUGAUGUAUCUUUUUUUUGGGGGGGGUGUUAUUUUUUCUGCUCUUUCAAUUUAAAACAUUUCACACAUUCCGGAUCAUUUAAACACACUAUAAUUAAAUUAUAUAAGUGCUAUCAUGUAUAAAAAUUGUAUGUAAUGUUUUGUAAAAACUUUUUUCUUUUAGGUAAAACAUACAUUAAAUUCUUAUGCAAUAUGAAAAGGAACAUGCCAGUUUAAAAAUAGUUAUAAAAACUGUCUAAGUUUGAGAUCUUAAAAAAGCACCCUUUCAAAAUCUAUAUCAGUUUAAUAUUACUUAUUCACAAACUUUAAGUUUGGCACUAUGUAAUAGUAAUCUUGCUAUUAAUCUUUUGCAUUUAACAAUGUUUUCUGUUUUCAUUUUUAUGCCUCAUGUCUCUUAUAAAUUAGUGUGUCCUUUUUUUAAUAAAUGCAAAAUACUUUAAAAUUUAUAUUUAAUUGCUUAACAGUAUGAGAUGUUGCUGGAAAUUUUAUAUUAAAUUUUAUAGAUUUUGGAAAGUAA